GGGGUGGCAGGAUUUAAGGGCCACGUCAUGCUGUCGACAGUGGAAUGCAUGACAGAGCAGGGUUUUUUGCCACUAGAGGAAUGUGCUCGAAUGGUUGAGGGAAAAAAAGAGGCUUCUUCCUCAGUCUACUUACUCAACAGGGGGAAAUUGGGUCAUCUGUGUAAUGACUGUAUGCAACAUGAAUCGUCGUCUUAAUUGGACAUUUAGCAAAUCCCAUACGCUGGCCCCAGCUCGCUCAGAGGCACUGGUGCUGAGAGGGUAUACUGCUCUACUGAAAUAUGAUUAAAAAAAAAAAUAAAAAAAAAUCAGUAAUGCUUUUUUAAGAAAAAAGUUAGACUAUCAUAACUUGUACAUCCUUGCAUCUUUAAUACUCCUUCUACAGUCCAUUCAUAUUGAUGCUUUGAGGCUUCUCACAUGCAUGUUCUAUGUUCGAUAUCGAAAGGAUUUUGCCCUGUCAGCACAUUCACUGUAUACUAUCAAAUGCUAACCCACACACAUGCCGUACAUCCCUUGCCUUGGCUUUGAUCGAAUUAAGACAUUACUCUGUGAAACUGUAGCCCAAUCACUGGUUCUGUAUAAUAUCAGAACAAACAUUAACAUAGCAAUACUGAAGCCGAGUUAAGUUCAUCUUCACUUAAGUGUUUUCUUUUCCUACGUAUUAAAAUAGCAUUGUAGCACCUAAUAAAAUGUAAAAAAAAUAAAUGAGCUACCCUUAAGUUGGCAUUAGAGAGGGCUUGCUCUUUCUUAGUGGGUGGUUUGAGAUCUUUAUCUUGUGCUUUUAACAUCGCGAGUGCGUCUCUGCGUUGAGGGGUCCACUUGCCUCGUUUCCCUGGCAGCGCACUGUGAUUGACAGACCGAGGCUCGCUUAGGACCCUCCUUCUCAUCGCCUCCCGCUCCGACUUCGCUCCGUCGUGAGCUUCAGUAAGUUUGUAUAGAGGGAUGCAGCGGGCGCACAGAGCAGCCUGAAAAUGGCACUCAUUUGGAUAUAUCCAUCCCUUUUCUUUCUUCUACAUUUGCUCACACCGAUACUGGCCUUAAGGACUUACCCUGAAAACGAAGUGACAUUGCUGGACUCCAUGUCUGCGCUGGGAGACCUGGGCUGGGAGGCCUACCCGGCAGAAGGGUGGGAGGAGAUAAGCGUGAUGGACGAGCGGAACACGCCCAUGCGCACCUACCAGGUGUGCAACGUGAUGGAGGCCAACCAGAACAACUGGCUGCGCACACGCCACAUCGCCCGCGACGGCGCCCAGCGAGUCUACGUGGAGAUCAAGUUCACGCUGCGCGACUGCAACAGCCUGCCUGGCGUGCCCGGCACCUGCAAAGAGACCUUCAACAUGUACUACUUUGAGUCCAACAACCCCAGCCUGUGGUACAUCAAGGAGAGCCAGUACGUCAAGAUCGACACCAUUGCGGCCGACGAGAGCUUUACGCAGGUGGAUGUGGGUGACCGCGUUAUGAAGCUCAACACGGAGGUGAGAGACAUCAGCAACCUGAGCAAGAAGGGCUUCUACCUGGCCUUCCAGGACGUGGGCGCCUGCAUCGCCCUGGUGUCCGUGCGCGUCUUCUACAAGAAGUGCCCGCUCAGCGUGGUGAACUUGGCGCAGUUCCCCGACACGGUGACGGGUGGAGACUCGGCGCUGGUGGAGGUGCGCGGCGCCUGCGUCAACGAGUCGGAGGAGGCCGAGCCGCCGCGCAUGUACUGCAGCGCCGACGGAGGGUGGCUGGUGCCCAUCGGGCGCUGUGUCUGCAAGCCGGGCUUCGAGGAGCACAAGGACUACUGCCAGCGUGAGUACCCACUGCCUUCCGCCCAUGAAGGGCUUUGACUGGCAUCACCCUUG